UUCGACAAGACAGAGAGCGGGAAACUAGCCAUCGUUAUCUGUGUGGGAUCCAUUGUUCCAUCCAGACUAAUCCGCUCGUUUCUGAUCGCUCUAGGACCAUCAAAUCUCGCAAAGAUGUCGGAUGAGAAGCAUGAUGAGGUGACCCCCUCCAGCCCAGACAUCCACUUUGAGCCCAUUGUGAAGCUGCAUGCCGUGGAGAUUAAGACAUUGGAAGAGGAGGAGGAAGUGCUCUUCACAAUGAGAGCAAAACUGUUCAGAUAUGCCUCUGAAGCAGACCCUGCAGAGUGGAAGGAGAGAGGAGUCGGAGACGUGAAGAUUCUACAGCACAAGACAGAGAAGGGGAAGAUCAGAGUUCUCAUGAGGAGAGACAAAACCCUCAAGAUCUGUGCCAACCACUACAUCACGCCUUACAUGGAGCUCAAACCCAACUGUGGUAGCGACCGUGCCUGGGUCUGGAGUGUGACGGCUGACUUCGCAGACGAGGAACCCAAAGCUGAGUUGUUAGCCAUCAGAUUUGCUAAUGCAGAAAAUGCAUCCAAGUUCAAGAGUCAAUUUGAGGAAGCUAGAGACUUUUUGAAAGAGAGACUGGAAAUAAAAGCAGAGGAAAAGGCAGACAGUGGUACGGAGUCGGGAAAAGAUGAGGAAGAUUCUGACGAAGUUGCAGAGAAGCUUGGAGAACUUACCGUCUCUGGAGAGAAAUCUGGAGAGGAGAAGGCAGAGACAGAAGGAACAGAGAAAGAAGAAAAGAAGACAGAAGAAACAGACAAAGAAAAGGAGGGGGAGGAAAAGAAGGAAUGAAUACCUACACCACUUUGCUAAUUUAAGGUGUUUUAAAUUCAUAAAUUAAGAUUGCUCUUGUUCACUUCCACAUUUAAUCAGUCUCAGAAAUUACUGGUUUUCAGCUUGAAGGGCUCAGGACUAACUUGUAAGUGUUCUGAUGGAAAAUUUUUACAAGAUGAAAAUGAAUGCAGCUCAAUUUUUUAUGUUGAAUUGAGGGUAACAAGUAUGUACAUUCAAGCGCAUCACUUUUGUCCAGAGGUGCAGUCUACAGAAAAUUAAUGAUCAAACAAAUCAGUAUAAAUAACUGGAAAAAAAGUGUUAGAAAAUCUUGAACACCUUUUAAAAUGUGUCGCUGCUCCAUUUACUAUUAGUGGAAAUGUGAAAAUAUAGUCUCAAUUGCAGCAUCUUUCAAAGAAAGCUUCAGAUCGCACAACUUUGUGAAAUUUGAAAGUAUUGUAGACAUGCAAGAGGCUUGAAAUUGCACAUUUUUGAACAAGAGAACUAGAUAGAUUCUUUCAAUAAUUGUGAACAUACAGUAUGUUAAGCCUGAAACUUAGUUGAAGCAGCACUGUAAGUUUUGGACUGUCUUAGUGGUCAUUGAAUUUAUGUCAACUUGCAUUGGCUAGCUGUUUGUAUCAUAGAAAACUUUGUAAAUUGUCAAGUUGCUACAUAAUUCCAUAUUCCAUUGAGACAAUUGAACAUUGUUUUAUUGAGCGAAAAUCUAGAAUUGCCUUUGAGGGCUCUUGCUCUCGCAUUCAUGUAUCCUUGCAUGUAUUCUUGCACAUGUAUACAACAUGUUUUGGUAUAAUGAGACAAACUCACGUUAAAAACUAGUGAGAUGUAUUGUAAAAAAGUUCUCACCAUUUAAAUGUGGCUUGUAGUGAGCCAUUAUAUAGCAUAGAUAUGAAAAAAAAAAGUUUUUGUAUUCCUAGUGCCUGUGGAAAUAUUCUUAGAGCAGCAAGAUGUAACAAUUUAUCAGAACAUGUUAUAUACAGCUGGCACAUUUAGACUUAAAUGUACUUGCUUAAGUCAUAUACUAGUAUCUAGCUAGCUCAGCGAUAUCUGUAUCUAUUGGACUGAACUUGCAUUAACUAGACGUAAGUUUCGAAAAAGAAAUUAUUGAAAAGAAAGUGCAAAUCUACCUCCAAAUUGUCCAUUUAUUUGGUACGAGACCACACCAAUUCAAUUCCUUGAUUCUUGGAUUUUUGCUUGAUAAUGAAUAGCAACAGGCUGGAAGAAUGAACCUGAAAAAAUGAUGAAACAGGCAAUCUGUGAUACACCAAAAUUCCACCACAGGAGCCUCAAAGUAAACAGGCUGGCAAAUCCAAGAGCCAAGAACUUAAAUCAGUGUGGUCUGACUCAGAAGUAAGAUUCAGUCAGGAGCAGAGCUGUGACAUAUAGAAAGUGCAGAGUACUGUAAAAACCUAACAAUUUCGAUACUUUGUAAAUAUGUUAGCCAUAGAGAAGCCAUUUGGAUUUGGUCACAAUGUGCUGUAUUACUCAAAAGGUGUAAAAAAAA